CAACGACACUCCGCCUACUGCUCCCUUCUGUGGAAGCGCACUACACGCGGUUGCAGUUUCGCUUUCAAGGUUGACACUUAAAUGCCAAUCUAAUUUUAUCCGUAAUGUUCCCACUAUUAUUACUAUUAUUAUUAUUAUUCGAAUAGUAUUAUUAUUUGUAUGACUAUUAUUAUCAUCGUUAAAACGCCUCAGAGUGCAUGCAUACCGCGCCGUGUGACGACACACAAAGUGGGCCAAACCAUAGCGGGCAUUUGAGACAUAUUUUGCGCUUUAUGCUGUUGUGUACGCGCGUCCUUUCACGCACAAUCCGUUCCCACCUGUAGACAGCGUUGGGGCCCAUGAGAAUCGAAUGACAAGGUCAUGUCAGAACUUGAAGGCAGGAAAUGAUGCGCGCUCCCUCGCUUCUGUUACACGGUGCGCAACAGGGAAGUAGACGGAGCCCAUUUGCCACGGCGCACACAAGUGGUCGGUGCCAAGCAGCUCGGUGCCAAACUAAAGUGGUUUCUCCUCUGUUAAAACAUUAAAACCACCGUGACGACGCAGCUUUUUAGGGACGGAAGGGAGGGAUGGAGGCAGGGAAGGCUCGCUAGGUCGUUCGGGCUGACGGAGUACUUGACGCGCAGAGGAUACCACAGCGGUUUUUUUCAAUGUGUGAAAUCGACAUUUAACUGAAGCCCUCUCUGAUCAUGGCCCAGUGGAAAAGUGUAUCUCAGAUGUUAACGCACCUGACUGAUGAAACUCUCAGCAGCCUCUAUCCACCAAACGCCUUCCCCAUUGAAGUCAGAUAUUUUUUAGCUGAGUGGAUUGAGGGACAAAGAUGGGACGACUUUGUGCUGGAGAAUGUGGAGCAGAAGAUCCAAGCUCAGGCUCUCUUGGACCAGACCAUCAGCAUGCUGCAAUCAAUUGCACAGCAGUCCACCAACGUGGUGGACAAGAUGAAGCUGAUGCAGAUCAGCAAGAACAUGACCAUUUUCCAGCAGCAGCCUCUACAGUUUGGCGUGAUGGUCAGGGACAUCCUGAAGGAGGAGAGGGUUUUGCUCAGCACGGCGGUUCAGCCACAGUUCCAACAGUACCCGAAUGGAGAGUCCUCGUUCGCCAACAUGCAGGAUCUAGACCACCUGGUUCUGAAGGUACUAGAUGUCCAGGACAUCCGACAAAAGAUGCAACAGCUGCAAGCAGAUCUCAACUGGGAUAGAGAGAACUAUGAGAGUUUACAAGGGGCAAUUCAACCCAAUGUACUGGACCCCAUAGAAAAGCAGAAACUCCAGACUCACAUCCAGCAGCUGGAGUUCAAUGUGAAAGCAAUGGCCACGAAGCGCUUUCAGCUGCUGCAGGAGUGUGUGGACUGCCUCGACCAGUGUCAGACCCGACUGAUCGGCAGCCUGAAGGCGUGGAGGUGGGAUCAGCACAAGGCCACCAUUGGACAGCCAUUUGACGACAACCUCAACACCCUGCAGACCUGGUGUGAGCAGUUGCUUGGCGUAAAUGGAAAGCUGAGAGAGGAGUUGUUGCUGAUCGGGGAGCCGAUGCCGGAGCUUAAGGAGAGGCUGGGCAAACUUCUGCAGGUUCUGAUUCAAAGCUCUCUUAUAGUGGACAAGCAGCCCCCGCAGGUCAUUAAGACUCAGUCCAAGUUCUCCACAACCGUGCGAUAUCUUCUGGGGGAAAAAGUUGCUCCUGGGAAGCCUGUGUUGCUGAAGGUGCAAAUCAUUAAUGAAAUCCAGGCCAGGAACCUGGGAGGUGUACCUAAUGAUAAUGUUGGGGAACUGAUCAACAAUACAGCCAUCCUAGAACAUAACACAUCCAGUAAAAGCACAUGUGCCACCUUCAGGAAUAUGUCCAUCAAGAAGAUCAAGAGAGCAGAUAGAAAGGGAUCAGAAUCUGUGACAGAAGAGAAGUUUGCUCUUCUGUUCUCGACGGAGAUCACCAUCACAGGAUGCGACACUCCCUACAGGAUACAGAUGAUCUCACAUCCGGUGGUCGUCAUUGUUCAUGGAAGUCAGGACAACAACGCUUUGGCCACCAUCAUCUGGGACUGUGCCUUCUCAGAACCAGACAGAGUCCCAUUUCUGGUGCCGGAACGCGUGCCGUGGAGGAUGAUGUACAGUACUCUCAACAGUAAAUUCACCUCUGAGGUCAUGACCCAGCACAAUCUGGACCAAUACAACCAGCAUUUCUUGGCCCAGAAGAUAUUUGAUAAGCCUGACUUUGCUGAUGAUUUCAGCAACAUUUUGGUUUCCUGGGCCCAGUUUAAUAAGGAGGUUCUCUCCGGUCGACCCUUCACUUUCUGGCAGUGGUUUGAGGGAGUGAUGGAGCUGACCAAGAAGCACCUGAAGGAAUACUGGAGCGAAGGGUUGAUAUUUGGUUUCAUUGGGAAGCAACAUCUACACCUGAUUCUCAAAGACAGGCCCAACGGGACUUUCUUGCUUCGCUUUAGUGACUCAGAGAUCGGAGGCAUCACAAUUGCAUAUGUGUCGGCUUCUGAGAAUGGAGGACAGAAAAUCCAGAACAUCCAGCCCUUCACCAAGAGAGACCUUGAGAUCCGUUGCCUAGGAGACCGCAUCCGGGACAUAAGCCACAUAACUUGCCUGUAUCCGGAUUUUCCAAAACAUGACGUUUUCAAAAAAUUCUACACAGAACCCCAGCCACCACCCGUUGGGGACUAUAUCCCCGUGUCUCUCCAAACCAAAAUUGGCACGGAUGCUAACUCAGACUCACCCCAGACUCCAGCAAACCCUGGAAGCCCUCACAGUGUUGGUGGCUUCUCUAAUACUAACGACCAAAUGGAUCUAGAUUUGGAGCAACUCCUCCAGACUAUGGUUGACUAAAAGGAUUUCCCAUCAAAGUUGGCGUUGGAGUGCAAAGCAGAAAGAGACCGGAGCCAAAGCCUUACCUUCAUAUAAAAGGAGACUUUUUUUCCUUCACUUUCAUCAUUCAUCAACAGAUUCACCUACUUUAGAGAAAAACAAUUGUAUUUUUUUUUUCCCAUGUAGGUUUUCUAUGUGGAUAGAUAGAAAUCAAAGUAGAUAAAUCGGAAAUCAUUUUGAGGACAAAGUCAAAACAGAGAAAGAACGAAAAGUGCCGGCAUCCUCGCUGUGAACCUCUUUAAAUGUGUCUCACUUCUUGUUAGGUUUGUUGAUGUCGGCCACUUAGUGGACGGGCAGCCACCAGAAAUACUUCCUAAGGUUCAUGUUGUUGUCUGUGUUUGAAGAGGAAAGCCUAUCUUAGUGUUUUCUUCUAUUGUAUACAACUAGUCUUUAUGAUGGCUAAUAGCAUGGCUAUAGCAUGUCAUAUACUCACAGUAUGCAUGGUAAACACUUUCUCACAGCCAAUGUAUAUCAGGUCAAUUUGCCGAUACCUUACUGGAGGUAACAGUGAAUGCGGUUCAAUGCUACAGGUGCCAGAAUACUGGUGCUUUCAGACAUGCAUCUAACAGCCCAAUGCGGCACCUCAUUCUUCUUCCAGUCAAAAAAAACACCCAACGACCGAAAGCUUGUUUUGCAGAUGGACUUUUGAUGACUGAUAAUGGUAGUCAGUGUCUAGAUCAAUUCCAUUUUGAAUUUCCUAUUGGCAAGUUAAAUGCUUUUAAUAUGAAGCCGCAGCAGUAAAAGGUUUGUUGGGUUUGUAGCAGUAACGUGAUACAGAACGUUUUCCAGGUGCAAAACAGACCCCCAGUUCCUAUUCUGCAAAUACAUGUAUAUUGCAAUACUUACAAUACAAUUUCCAUUGUGUUAUUAGUGCCCUUUGACAAUAUGUUGUGACUUUUAUUUGAACAAAAAUCUUUACGAUUAUUAAGCUACAUUAAAGACUCAAUUAUGUGUAUUUUUUGUUCUCUGUCAGUACUUAUAAAAGCCUAUUGCCUUUUCUCUUCCGAUGCUACACAAUUAUUGGAAUGUCUGCAAUCUGAGGAGUAAUACAACUAAUACAUAUAGAGAAAGUAGCCUAAAUGAUCAACAGUAUAUUUCCAUACCCUUGUUCUCAAGUUUCACAUUAUAUUACUGGUAUGUGAAGUCGUGCUAAAGUGCCAGGGAUAUAGGUUAAGGUAAUUAGCUCUGUAGUCAAAAGGACACAUACCAGGGUUAAGAACAACAUCAGCCUGGCAGGAGAUGCAUUAGCUUUGCCUUGUGGGAGCUUAUGUCUACAGCUGCACGUUUAUCAAUCAUCAAUUUUCCUAAUUAAUCAACUUUGGGUUUUAUGAGAAUCUUUGCACUACCUGCCAUCCCUGUCAGUUUUAUGCAUGUAGUAAUAUUUUCACAGGUUGGAUUCACAAUGUUGUAUGUUUAUAACCUUUUAUAUCUUGUACAUUCUCUUGAAUAAAUCACUCAGGUUACUACUACAAUCAUAUAUCUUUACACUGUG